AUGAAAAAAAAACCAUUAUCCAUCAAUCAUCACUUACAUAACAUGUCUCAAGAAGAUGUUACUUCUGGCUCUACGCCAAUAAACGGUUCUCUUUUGGAGACCGAGAAAAAAUUAGAGGAGAACCUCGAACACCAAAUGCCUGAAAAGAGCUUCAAGGACUACAUUUCCAUUUCCAUUUUCUGCUUGUUGGUGGCCUUCGGUGGUUUCGUUUUCGGCUUUGACACUGGUACCAUUUCUGGUUUUGUCAACAUGCCUGAUUUCAAGAAGAGAUUCGGUCAACACAAGGCCGAUGGUGAACACUACUUGUCUAACGUUAGAACCGGUUUGAUUGUUUCCAUUUUCAACGUUGGUUGUGCUGUCGGUGGUAUUUUCCUUUCGAAAAUUGCCGAUGUCUGGGGUAGAAGAAUGGGAAUGAUGGUGGCCUAUGGUUAUCUACGUCGUCGGUAUCAUUGUCCAAAUUGCAUCUCAAUCACGCUUGGUACCAGUACUUUAUUGGCCGUCUUAUAUUCUGGUCUUGCCGUGGGUACCAUUUCUGUUGUCUCCCCACUUUUCAUUUCUGAAGUUUCUCCAAAGCAAAUUAGAGGUACUUUGGUCUGCUGCUUCCAAUUGUUUAUCACCAUGGGUAUCUUUUUGGGUUACUGUACCACUUACGGUACUAAGAAGUACACAGACUCCAAGCAAUGGAGAGUUCCAUUGGGUUUGUGUUUCGCAUGGGCCAUUUUCUUGGUUGUUGGUAUGUUGAGUAUGCCAGAAUCUCCAAGAUACUUGAUUGAAAAGGCUAAAAUCGAUGAAGCUAGAAGAUCUAUUGCUAGAUCCAACAAGCUUUCCGAAGAAGACCCUGCUGUCCACACUGAAAUUCAACUUAUUCAAGCUGGUAUUGACAGAGAAGCUUUGGCUGGUAAGGCCUCUUGGAAGGAAUUGAUCACCGGUAAGCCAAAGAUCUUCAGAAGAGUGCUCAUGGGUGUGAUUCUUCAAUCCUUGCAACAAUUGACUGGUAACAACUACUUUUUCUACUACGGUACCACUAUUUUCAAGGCUGUUGGGUAUGACUGA